AUGUCAAUGAACAACUCUUCCAAUGUAUUCCUGGAUGCAGCCCCCAAUCAUCCAAAUCGUUUUCAAGUUAAUGUAAUUAAUGAGAGCCAUGAAAGUAGCGCAGCUGCUGAUGACAAUCAUGACCCUCCGCAUUAUGAAGAAACAUCCUUUGUUGAUGGAGCCCAGAACAGACUGAGAAUCAGCUUUAGGCCUGGGAAUCAGGAGCUAUAUGACAAUUUCCUCCAAAAUGGAGAAACUGCUAAGACAGAUGCAAGUUAUCAUGUCUACGAUUCUCAUACCAACACGUACUACCUACAAACCUUUGGUCACAACACCAUGGAUGCGGUUCCCAAGAUUGAUUACUACCGUAACACUGGGAGCAUCAGUGGUGCCAAAAUGAACAGACCUACUUUAUAUGAGAUACAUGAACGACUUGCCAAGAACGUGGCUGUCACCCCGGGCUCUGUUGACAGAGUUGCCAAUGGAGAUGGGAUGCCUGGUGAGGAACAAUCCGAAAACAAAGAGGAAGACCCUAAUGCAGGCACUGUGAAGUUUGGAUGGGUGAAAGGUGUGCUGGUGAGAUGCAUGCUGAACAUCUGGGGAGUGAUGCUUUUCAUUCGCCUCUCCUGGAUUGUAGGGGAAGCUGGAAUUGGUCUUGCAGUCAUCGUCAUUGGCCUAAGCGUGGUAGUGACAACGUUAACAGGUAUCUCUAUGUCUGCUAUUUGCACAAAUGGAGUAGUGAGAGGAGGUGGAGCCUACUAUCUAAUUUCUAGAAGCUUAGGGCCAGAAUUUGGUGGCUCCAUAGGCCUCAUCUUUGCUUUUGCCAAUGCAGUGGCUGUCGCUAUGUAUGUAGUAGGAUUUGCUGAGACCGUGGUUGACCUUCUUGCGGAGAGCAACUCAAUGAUGGUGGAUAAAACCAACGACAUCAGAAUAAUAGGCACCAUUACGGUGGUGAUUCUUUUAGGUAUUUCGCUGGCUGGAAUGGAAUGGGAAGCCAAGGCUCAAGUGAUACUUCUUAUCAUCCUUCUCAUUGCAAUUGCAAAUUUCUUCAUUGGAACUGUCAUUCCAUCCAACCAUGAGAAGAAAUCGAGGGGCUUUUUUAAUUACCAAGCAUCUAUCUUUGCUGAAAACUUUGGACCAAGCUUCACAGAAGGAGAAGGUUUCUUCUCUGUCUUUGCCAUAUUUUUCCCAGCUGCUACUGGCAUUCUUGCUGGAGCUAACAUCUCUGGAGAUUUGGAGGACCCACAAGACGCUAUCCCCAGAGGAACGAUGCUAGCCAUUCUGAUCACCACCAUUGCCUACAUAGCGGUUGCUAUUUGUGUAGGAGCCUGUGUUGUCCGGGAUGCCACUGGAAAUGUGAAUGACACAAUCAUCUCUGGUAUAAGCUGCAAUGGCUCAGCAGCCUGUGGUCUGGGCUAUGAUUUUUCCAGAUGUUUAGACCAAAAAUGUCCAUAUGGGCUGAUGAACAAUUUCCAGGUAAUGAGCAUGGUCUCAGGAUUUGGACCCUUAAUCACUGCUGGGAUCUUCUCUGCCACCCUCUCCUCUGCUCUGGCCUCUCUUGUCAGUGCACCAAAAGUUUUCCAGGCUCUUUGCAAGGACAACAUCUACAAAGCUCUUCAAUUUUUUGCAAAAGGAUAUGGGAAAAACAAUGAGCCUCUAAGAGGAUAUAUGCUCACAUUCAUUAUUGCGAUGGCCUUCAUUUUGAUUGCGGAACUGAACACCAUUGCUCCCAUCAUCUCCAACUUCUUCUUGGCUUCAUAUGCACUUAUUAACUUCUCCUGUUUUCAUGCAUCUUAUGCAAAAUCUCCAGGCUGGAGACCUGCCUAUGCAGUUUACAACAUGUGGGUAUCUCUUUUUGGAGCCAUAUUGUGCUGUGCAGUCAUGUUUGUUAUAAAUUGGUGGGCAGCUGUCAUCACCUACGUUAUUGAGUUCUUCCUGUAUAUCUAUGUGACAUACAAAAAGCCAGAUGUGAACUGGGGAUCCUCUACUCAAGCUCUUUCCUAUGUGAGUGCUUUAGACAAUGCUCUGGAAUUAACCGCUGUAGAAGAUCAUGUGAAAAAUUUCAGGCCCCAGUGUAUUGUUUUAACUGGUGGACCCAUGACAAGACCAGCUCUACUGGACAUAACACAUGCAUUUACCAAGAACAGCGGUCUCUGCAUCUGCUGUGAAGUCUAUGUGGGGCCGCGCAAGGAGUGUGUGAAGGAGAUGAACAGCGGCAUGGCGAAGAAGCAGGCCUGGCUUCUCAAGAACAAAAUUAAGGCUUUCUAUGCCGCAGUAGCAGCAGACUGCUUUAGGGACGGUGUCAGAAGUCUCCUUCAGGCCUCAGGCUUGGGCAGAAUGAAACCAAACACUAUGGUGAUUGGAUUUAAAAGAAACUGGAGGAAAGCUCCCCCUGCAGAGAUCGAGAACUAUGUGGGAAUUAUACAUGACGCCUUCGACUUUGAGAUCGGCGUCGUUAUUGUCAGAAUUAGCCAAGGGUUUGACAUCUCUCAGGUUCUACAGGUACAAGAAGAAUUAGAAAAAUUAGAACAAGAGAGAUUGGCAUUAGAAGCCACGAUUAAAGAUAAUGAGAGUGAAGAAGGAAGUAAAGGUAUCCGGGGACUGUUCAAAAAGGCUGGAAAGUUGAAUAUCACCAAGCAAAUUCCCAAAAAAGAUAGUGGCAUUAAUACAAUCCAAUCAAUGCAUGUGGGGGAGUUCAAUCAGAGACUAGUGGAAGCCAGCACUCAGUUUAAAAAGAAGCAAGGCAAAGGCACCAUUGAUGUUUGGUGGUUGUUUGAUGAUGGAGGGUUAACACUCCUAAUCCCCUAUAUCCUGACUCUCAGGAAAAAAUGGAAAGACUGCAAAUUAAGGAUUUAUGUUGGAGGCAAGAUAAACCGUAUUGAAGAAGAAAAAAUAGCGAUGGCUUCACUUUUGAGCAAAUUUAGGAUAAAAUUUGCAGACAUCCAUAUCAUUGGUGACAUAAAUAUUAAACCGAACAAAGAAAGCUGGAAAUUCUUUGAAGAGAUGAUUGAACCGUAUCGUCUCCAUGAAAGCUGCAAAGAUUUAACAACUGCUGAGAAAUUAAAAAGAGAAACUCCAUGGAAAAUUACAGAUUCAGAACUGGAAGCGUUCAAGGAAAAGAGUUACCGUCAAGUUCGGUUGAAUGAACUCUUACAGGAACACUCAAGAGCUGCUAAUCUCAUUGUUCUGAGUCUUCCAGUGGCUAGAAAAGCCACUAUCUCAGAUAUCUUGUACAUGGCCUGGCUAGAAAUCCUCACAAAGAACCUCCCUCCUGUCCUGCUGGUUAGAGGAAAUCACAAAAAUGUCCUAACUUUCUAUUCAUAA